UCUUUGUCGAAAACCUAAAUUACAAGUUUACAAGUCCCAAUUACAAAAUCUACGCCCAGAAACUAAAAACCCAAAAUCAUUUCAAUUAGUAAAACCCCAUUUCGGAUCCAAAGAUGCAGAGAUGGUGCUCCAAGCUCCGAUCACUUUCCGCCGCCGCUAACCACCGCACAACCACCACCACCAUUACUCCUCUCACUCACUCAAAUCGACUUCUCCACUCUUCUAACACUCCUAAUCAUUUCAUUCACAAACCCCUUUCUAUUUCUUCUAUUUUUAAUCCCCCUUUUGUUGCCCCUUUAAAAUCAAGCCUCUCACUCUUUAAUCAUGCUUCUCCAAGCAGUUUAACAUUGAUACAAGUGAGGCAUUGGACUUUAAAACAAAGGAAAAGAACAUUGAAGCUCAGGAGGCCGGCUACUCCUAUUGUCUCCAAGGUGAAGAAAAUCAAAAUGAAACCCUAUUCGUCAUACAAGGGAAGAUUUAGGCUUAUGAAUGAUGGGCUGAUUAGACGUUGGAAGGAGGGGAAAAGGCACAAUGCACAUUUGAAGUCAAAGAAAUCCAAACGUAGACUCAGGCAACCUGGCAUUGUUCCAGCGGCUUAUGCAACAGUGAUGAAGAAGCUAAAUUUUGGCGGCUAAAUUUGAAUAAUCUGGCACUACCAAUAUGGAUUAAAAGAAGUAUUUAGGUGGCUGUACUCUAGUUUUAGAUGACAACUGCGGAGCAAGGAAAUUGAGAAUGUUUUGUUCAUUUUAGUUGUUGCAGGAUAAUCCUUGCCAUCACUUGAUUUUCUAAAAUCAGUGAUAAAAAUGAUUUGUUAUGAUUUUUGAAAAAGAAUUGUAUUGACGACACGGGAUGUCAUUGUGUUCAGAAAGUGUACAAUCUGGUACUUAUUUAAUCUUUUAUAAUAAUUUACUGCAUCGUUA